AAUUUGCGAGUGCCAGUUCUCUCGAGUAUAGAUUUUUAGAAACUUUGCAAUUUUUUAUGUAAUUGAAUUAUUUUGGAUUUUAUUUGUGAAAUCUGUCCAAACAAAUUUUGACGUGAGUACGCCCAACUUAAGUAUUUGUGUGGGAUUAAUUUUUACCAUGCAUAAACAAGUUUCAGGCCGAUCUUUUUAGACUUCCUAUGCACAUAUGUAAAUGCAUACAUGUGUGCAAAAUAUGGUCCUUUUCAAUAUCAUCCAUUAUCACGCAAAUUCCAACAUUACAAAGUUCACAUGCGUGGUGGGAAAAGUUUAUAAAUUCAUAAUUUUAGUAAAUUUUUUCAUGCUAAAGCCGAAUAACUGGGAACGUAAAUUUCACCAAGUUAAUUAACUGUUUACAUUUGUAAACUUUGCAAGAAAAUAGAAGUCCUCACUUUUCUAAAUCUUGCAGGUCUUGUACGUACACAGGCAUAUAAUUUGUGAAUUUAAAUUUAUAUCCAAAUUCCAGGAUAUUGAACCUUCAUAAAUGUUUAAAAAAUGACUUCGUCAUCACGUUCACGUCGUCAGGAACAUGAUACCUGUUUCCUUAUCCAACUUCCUGACCUGGUCAUUCAUCAAAUCCUCUCCUACUUUUCGCCACGAACCCUGCGCGUACUUCGUUUAACUUGUCGCACCACGAAAUCCUGGGUCGACGGGUCACACAAGGUCGUCGCUCGUCUCCAAGUAACAUUCCGGUCGGAAGAAGAUGUCAAUUCUGUUUUAGCGCCGCCUCCUCCCGGAACCACGCCCACUCGUUGGUCCAAUUUCCGCUUCCUCCCGUCCCAGUUGUUCACAAGGCCGAAAGCGUUGCCAAAAUUUGUCGCCACUUUUGCCCAAAAUAUUACCGCCUUUGACUUCUCCACGCUAACGAUGGAGGACACUGUGGCGAGAAACAAUGUUGUUGUGGAUGUUCUUAUGGCGGGCGAGAACAUUCUUAAAAUCAAGAUUUCCGAGCUAUCCUGCUCUCGAAUCUCUUCCAAGAAAUAUGGCGAACUUGGUGGUCUGCCCAUCCUAAUUCGAAACUGGCACUCGCUCCGCUCGCUCUCCAUCCAGCACAUCAUCUGCCCCGAUUAUCACGGACUCGAUUAUUUUGCGCGGCUCCUGCUUGAGGGGUGUGGCUCCUCACUAGAACACCUCAAUCCGCCCACGGUUGCUCUCUCCUCCCCGGAAUAUCUCUCUUUCAACUACAAGUUGUACUUCAAAAGGAACAUCGUCACCCCCAUCUUGCAAAUCCUUCCGCGCCGCAAGCUCAAAAUCGUGCACGUGCAAGAGCACCUGUUCGACGGCGACCCCACCCUUUUGUUCCACUUGGCAACAUUAUGUCUCACGUCGGGAGCGGUCUUGCAUCCUGAAACGUUCCUCCCAUUCUCAAGAUCCACCUUCAUGUCUCUGCCACCUUCGCAAUCUUACCUGUUCCACUCCAUCGGCCGACUGUCCGGCAUUACCGACUCGAUCUUAUCUCUCGCGCUGCGCGAACCUUUAAACAAUCUUCACUUCCUUUCCGUCUCCUUCCGCUCCUUUUUCUUAACGGAUGAGGUCUUAUCCUCCGCACCCACACCGCUCUCCCUUCUGGUCCCUAACCUAGUCGAGGUGGAGAUCGAGAUGACCAACGACCCCCCGUGGGAAGGCCGGCCCCAUAAUUUGUCCGCCUUCAUGCGCGCCUUGUGUUCACAAGAACAUCCUUCCGUUCGUCGCCUCGUCCUCACCGAGGUGUCACGCGCAAAUGACACGACCCUAAUUCGCGCGCGGGACGUGGUCCAAGGUUUUCCAAGACUUACAGAGUUACGAAUUAGCAACUGGGAUGGAGGAAAUGACGAGUUUUCCACCCUUUGGCGUGGUCUGCCUCACCUGGAAGAAGUGCACUUAAGGUUCUGUCACCACUUGGGCGACGAGGGUGUGGCGGAUAUGGUCAACUUAAAAGAAUUGCACACACUUUUGCUAAACGACGUCGGCCCCAUAACGGAUGCGAGUUAUGUAAACGUCUUCCGUCACCUCGCCCUCCGAUCGCUCUAUCACUACUGUACCACCGGCUGCUUGGUCACCCGAAAAGGCUACAAUUCCUUGGCUUCGCCCCCAUUCGUGACCUCCAUUCGUGACCUUGCUCUCCAAAACCAUGACGAUUUUCGUACCCUGGAUAAAUUUUGUGAGUUUAUUGCUCAAUUUCCGUACCUGCGACCGCCCGAGUUCGAUGAGCCGAUGCGACGCCGCAUUUCGCCGACGCCCGCCCUGCGCAAUGAUCCCCAUACCUACCACGACCAGUACCAGUCAUGCUGCAGAAUUAUGUAAACCCAGGAAUAAAUAAAAAACACCCCAUGAAAAUCUAAAAUUCGCAUGCAUUACAUAUAUAUUACUUUUGCACUGUUGAGUAUUGCACAUUUUGCAAGUGUACGAUUCAAACAUAUUUCAAGCUUUGGAUAAUAAAACAAGCAAUGUUUUAUUAAAA